UACUGCAUUAAAGAACAGACAGCGUGAGAAAACCUGGCCGUUUUUAUACUGACCUUUCAUCUUCAUUUGAAAUUCGUAUUUCAACAGCAAGCUAAAAACGUUCUUCUGACUUUAGCUAUGGCGAAAAAUAUAAUAUUCUCUCAAAGACAAUGCAAAAACCUUAUAUUUGGGCAAGCUUCUUUUGAUAUCUUAUCAGACUUUCUCAUACAUCUCAACAUCAGAAACAAAGAGAAACUUAGCAAUUUAUCGAGGUACAGUGGGGAUUUUAAAGAUAAAAGAUUGAUUGAAUGCAUUUUCCUGGCAACUGAAGAAUUGAGACUUGACCCCUUAGUUGGAUAUCAUGCUGCUGAGUUACUCGAAAGGUUUAUGAUUAAGCACCUGGAGGAUCUCUGUUCAACCCCACACACACCGGCUGGUGCAGCAGCUGCCCAAACGGGAAACUAUGAGGACCUUGUUUAUGAGAAACUGAGAGACAAGUUCCCUCUCAUUCUCCUCUCUUGUGUGCAGCUAGCAAGCAAACUGUCUUUGCACAGCUCUGUGGUUGAUAACAACACAGCAGUGCAGUUUCUACACUCGAUGGGCCACAGCGUGUCCAAGCAAACUGUCAUGGACUCAGAACUGAUGAUCUUGAAAGCACUUGACUUUGAGCUAAAUGCCCCCAACCCUCUGACUUAUGUGGAGAUACUCCUGGAGGUGCUUGGGCACAAUGACUCUUCUGUUCCCCUGGAACACCUGCAUCAACUAUGCAGUCGUGUGCUUCAGUUUAUUUGCCUUGAGAGGAAGGCCAUCUAUGACUCCCUGCUGGUGGCCACCACUGGGUGCUUGAGUCCGUCAGAGGAACAGAGAAAUUCCUUUGUGUCAGUGACUGAAGACUGCAUGCUUCUUGGUGUUGGUGUCAUUGCAGUAGGCGCAUACAUCCUCAAUGUCUUCAACUGGGAACUGGUAGUGGAGGAGCUCAGUCACAUCGCCGGGAUCUCAGUGAAGAGCAUCAGUGAUUUCACACAUGUUACCCUCCUGCACAUUACCCAGAACAACUCUCCCACGUUCGCUGCAACUUGAGCCCAGUCCAAACCACACAUUUUAUUUAUGCCUGUUUUUUUUGUUGCUUUACAAUGAGCAAUGUUUUCUCAGCUACAGGUUACAUGAAGUUAUUAAAAACAGAAAGCCAUUGAGAAAGAGAGUACAGUAAAACAGCAUUUGUAUGUAAUAACAUUGAAAGGUUCACACCUAACAUUGAAUUAAAACACAAACUUCCUGAGUUUGAUGUUGUAGUUAAUUUCUUUAAGAAUCCAUCCGCAGUAUUUGAUGGAUGUGAUGGAAUCUUUUUCUUGGUUUACUGCUUUAACAAAUAUCAUUUUAAAUGGCUUCUUCCAUGUUUUAAUUAAUUUAUGUUAAAUAUCACAAUGUGCAAUAUAAAAGGGAAUCUGCUGUAAAGCUAGAAAGUAGAAAUGAUGUAGAAAUGUAGAAAUGUACAACUAGAUGUAGAAAUGUAAUUGAUAGAAAUACAUUUAUUUAAUUUAAAUAGUUUGCAAUAAACAUAUUGAAUGCUUCACGCACCACCA